CUUUGACAGACUAUAAUGAGUUAUGUAUGCUGUUUUGUGGCGGUUGGUGACUUCGUACAUGUAUUAAAACCGCUUAUCUUCAACUAUAGGGAAUGUAAGACGAAAGUAUCACAGGUAGUUACGACACACACCCAACAUGGCGGAAGGAAUUGGGGAUGAAGAAAAGGCAGAUAUCAUGGCAACAUUUAAAAUGUUCGACUCGGACGGCGACGGCAAACUGUCGAAGCAAGAGUUGUCUACCGUGAUCAGGGCGUACUUUAUGGUGGCCAGCGAUAAACAACUCGGCUCGUUUCUCCGGGAACUCGACACAGACGAAAGUGGAUAUGUCGAUUACCACAACUUUGAGACAUUCAUACUGAAAACGAACAUGUCGAAGCCGACACCGGAAGAUCCGGAACUACUCGAAGCGUUCAAUGUCUUUGAUAAGAACGGCGAUGGCGUCAUUGACGCUGCCGAGUUUCGCGAGAUUAUGACGUCAGUUGGAGAUAAUCUAACGACGGAGGAAGUGGAACUGAUGAUGAAAGACGCUGAUACAGACGGAAACGGAAAGAUUGACUACAAAGAAUUUUGUGCUCACUUAUCUAAGAACCUGCUGUACUAGAUGACCUGCGCGUGCUACUUGACGUUGUACUAGAUGACCUGUGCGUGCUACUUAACGUAACAGUUAACAACAGACUCCAGCAUCAAAGUUCAUCAAGUGCUGUUAGUUAAAUAAACGUCCAGUGCAAAAUAAGUUUUUCUGUCGGAUUCUUCACCGUAAUGCGAAUUGUGAGAACAUAGAUCGGAAUACACCUUAAAGGCAUAUUGUCACAGAUCAUUGACCUAUUAAAUAGCCUAAGAAGGUAUUACCUAAAAAAUAUAUAAAUUUGAUUUGUCCCUAAAUGUACUUUAUUCAACCAUCUACAUAGUCACCAUACUCCACUUAUUAAUGAUAUUUCGUAAAAAUAAUUGAAUUAUGGCAAUGGUAU